AGAAAGGCUGCCAUGUCGCUGGUGGGAAGCCAAGGCAUUCUCUCGGCCACCGAGAUCCUCACUGCGGCUGCAGUCUUCUGCCUGAUCUUCCUGCUCAUCCAGUCCUUCAGGCAGCAGGUCCCCAAGGGGCUGAAGAGACCCCCAGGACCAAGAGGCUACCCCAUCCUUGGCAGUGUGCUGGAGCUGAGGAAGAACCCACAUCUGGCCCUGACCAAGCUGAGCCAGAAGUACGGGGACGUGAUGGAGAUCAGGAUCGGCACCCGACCCGUGUUGGUGGUCAGCGGGCUUGACACCAUCAAGCAAGCCCUGGUGAAACAAGGAGAAGACUUCAUAGGGCGCCCUGAUCUCCACAGCUUCCGCCUUGUCACAGAUGGCCAGAGCCUGACCUUCAGCACUGAAUCAGGAGAGAUGUGGAAAGCUCGCAGAAAGCUGGCCCAGAAUGCCCUGAAAACCUUCUCCACUGCCCCCAGCCCAACCUCCUCUUCCACCUGCCUCCUGGAGGAGCACAUCUCCAAAGAAGCCAACUACCUGGUUACCAAGUUCCUGCAGGUGAUGGAAGAGGAGAAGAGCUUUGACCCGUACCGGUACCUGGUGGUCUCUGUGGCCAACGUCAUCUGUGCCAUGUGCUUUGGCAAACGUUAUGACCACAAUGACGAAGAGCUGCUCAGCAUAGUGAAUGUAAGCGAUCGGUUUGGGGAUGUGGCUGCUUCCGGCAACCCUGCUGACUUCAUCCCUGUGCUCCAGUAUCUUCCCAGCCGCGCCAUGAAUUUAUUUAAAGACUUCAAUAAACGAUUCAUUCGUUUCCAGCAGAAUAUUGUCAAAGAGCACUAUGAGACCUUUGACAAGAACAACAUCCGAGACAUCACCGACUCCCUGAUCGAGCAGUGCCUGGAGAAAAAAAUGGAAGGAAAUACUGUCACACAGAUCCCUAAGGAAAAGAUUGUCAACCUUGUGAAUGACCUAUUCGGAGCUGGCUUUGACACUGUUACAACUGCCCUUUCCUGGAGUCUCAUGUAUCUUGUGACACACCCUGACAUUCAGAAGAGGAUCCAGGAAGAAAUAGAUCAGAUCAUCGGCAGAGAGAGGAGACCGCGGCUGUCCGACCGAGGCACGCUGCCGUACACAGAAGCCUUUAUCCUGGAGAUGUUCAGGCACUCCUCCUUCCUGCCCUUCACUAUCCCACAUAGCACGGUCAAGGACACAGUGCUGAAUGGCUACUAUGUACCAAAGGAUCGUUGUGUGUUUAUCAAUCAGUGGCAAGUGAAUCACGAUGAGAAACUUUGGAAGGAUCCACUGGCUUUCAACCCAGAGCGCUUCCUCAAUGCUGAAGGGACUGAACUUAACAAAGUGGAGGGGGAGAAAGUACUGGUUUUUGGCCUGGGGAAAAGGAGGUGCAUUGGGGAGCACAUUGCCAGAUUACAGGUCUUCCUUUUCUUGUCCACCCUGCUCCAGCGGCUGGAGUUCAGUGUUCCUAAUGGCAAAAAGGUGGACAUGACACCUCUCUAUGGUCUAUCAAUGAAGCACAAAAGAUGUGAGCACUUCCAGACCAAGCUGCGUUUCCCUAUGAAGAGCUUGAACUGA